GAGCCCCUACCCAAAUCCCAACUGAAUCAGUGUAGAAAAAAAAAAAGACUGAACACUUCACCUUUCCAGUCGAGAUUCCCAGCUGUAGCCUCCCAAGCGAAUGAUAUUGAUACCGACUGCUGAGCUCGCUCGAAACUCACCCAAUCGCCAUGAAACUCAUCCCACGCAAUUCACUUAUUUCGAUUCUGAGAACAUCUCUUUCCUCCUUGUCUCUCCGCCCCAUCUCCAACACCGCCUCAGAUUACCCCUCCGAAACCCUAACCCCAUCGCCACCAAUUUCCCAAAACCCAUAUGCAAAACCCAACCCCCACCCCAGGACCCGGACCCCAUCCGAGAAACAAUUCGAGAAAUGGAUCCAAAAUCUCAAACCCGGGUUUACUCCCUCUGACGUGGACGAAGCCCUCAAUGCCCAAACCGACCCUGACCUCGCCCUCGACAUUUUCCGAUGGACCGCCCAACAGCGAGGCUAUAAGCACGACCAGGUCACCUAUCUCACCAUGAUUGAAAUCGCCGCCACCGGAAAACGGUACCGCGUUGCCGAGACCCUCAUCGAGGAAGUCGUUGCCGGAGCCUGCCCGCCAAGCCUCCCUCUUUACAACUCCAUGAUCAAAUUCUGCUGUGGCCGUAAGUUUUUAUUCAACCGAGCGUUUGAUAUUUAUAAGAAAAUGCUGAAGUGCGAUGGUCCGACGGUCAAACCCUCUUUGGAAACUUAUAAAUUGUUAUUGAAUUCGCUGCUUCGGAAGUUUAAUAGGUUGAAUGUGUGUUAUGUUUAUCUACACGCUGUUAGAUCGUUGACGAAGCAAAUGAAGGCAUCUGGGGUGAUACCGGAUACUUUUGCGUUGAAUAUGAUUAUAAAAGCUUAUUCCAAGUGUCUUGAAGUGGAUGAGGCCAUUCGGAUUUUUCGGGAGAUGGGGUUGUAUGGUUGCGAGCCGAAUGCUUAUACUUACAGUUAUAUCGCAAAGGGGUUGUGUGAGAAGGGGAGGGUAGCUCAGGGGUUGAACUUCUUUAAGGAGAUGAGGGAAAAAGGUUUUGUACCAAAAGGGAGUACAUAUGUGAUAUUGAUUUGCAGUCUUGCUUUGGAACGGAGGUUUGAGGAUGCCAUUGAGAUUGUGUUUGAUAUGUUGGAUAAUUCUAUGUCACCUGAUUUUCUUACUUACAAGACUCUUCUGGAGGAGUUGUGCAGGGACGGAAGGGGAAACGAUGCUUUUGAGCUUCUCCAAGAGAUGAGGAAGAAGGAUACUUCUAUGAACGAGAAAACUUACAGUGCUCUGACGAAUGUAUUGCAUUUUCUGAACCGGGAGUAGGCCAUUGUUUCCCUUUUUGGUGCAUUGGAGGGCUCAAAGCCCAUUAGAUAUGUAAAGAGCCUUGGGGUUGCGACCCCAGUUACAUCUGCAUAUAACCAUUCUCUAAUCUGCACUGGGGGCUGUUAUUGCACUGAUCUUCAAUCAUGAUAUACUUGUUAGUGAAUCCGUCUCCAGUACCACUUUCCUGUGGCCUUUCUUCCAUGCUAGCUUCAGGCCAUGAAUUAUACCCCACAAUUCCGCCACAAUGUUACUAGAUCAUUGUUUUCCAUGAGAAAAAUUAGAGAACCAAGUUCGUUCUUUGGCUCUGUUGAGUCUGAGAGGUUGUUUUGUU